GAUGCUGUUGGGUAAGGAUUGAAAAAGUAGUUUUAGCUUCUUCACUGGAUUUUUUUACUUGAUGCCCAAUAUAACUGAGAACGAUGUGUUGAAGUUUCUGUCGUACUCCCGUGCCUUUCCGUACCUCCCUUUUGCGAAGCACAUCCCGAAUGCCGGCUGCACCACCGCACACACGCAGCAUUCGCCCAAAGGCGUAGGUAUCACCUCGGCACCCUUCCUUUCGUCAACCGUGAAAGUAUUAGCUGUUUUAUGCUCCACGGAUAAGCUGCCAAUUCACCAACCUUCCGAUCGAACAUCAGCGGUGAGCUCAGGACGGGAUUCAUUGGAUCCCACUAAUGCAACCACCGCAAAUACCUGUCAACGGGAGGAUGAGGAAAACAGUAGAUCCUACAAGCGUAGGCGGCUGUCAGAUAACACAGAAGAAGACAUGAACUCUAUCAAAAGUGAUGCGUCAGAUUCUAUAGAUGGUGACAAAGAAUCUGAAGAAAGUGAUGUUAAACAUACUGAUGAUAGCAGUGAUAUGUCGGACGAAAAGAGCGGCUGGCGGGAUAGACAGUGCUCGGCGCGGCGCCGCAUUUAUAUUCGUGUGCAGUACGAUAAAACGCUCAUAGAAACCUUGCCGUUGGAGAUUAUGCGUGAGAGAUACCCUCAGGUAUUGAUAGAUUACUUGUUAUCCUGUGCGGUGUACUCUUAGUGUUCCUUUUCUUUCCAGUGUUGUUGUAAAAUAGACAUGCGUGUUUAUGGGUCUGUGCACGAAUGGCUCACUUAUGGUUCUUCAGCUUUUAUAAAAAUAAA